AUGGUGAAUGCCAAGCUGGACAAGGUGUAUAAGCGCACGACGCAAGAGGUCAUCGAUAAGCUCGGCUUGAUCCCAAACGAAGAGAAGGGAUGUUUCAUAGAAUCUUUUAGGGACCCGGAAGCGAGUAACAAUCGAUCCCUUAGCACGGCCAUCUACUACCUCCUGGAAGGUUCUGCCGGCCCCUCGAUUUGGCACCGCGUCGACGCCGCCGAGGUGUGGCACUACUACGCAGGAGCACCUCUUACUCUCUCUCUGUCCCACGAUGAUGGAGAGCCACUGAAGAAUGUCAUGCUCGGGCCCGAUAUUUUCGGAGAUCAGCGGCCGCAGAUAGUGAUCGCAAAGGACCAGUGGCAGAGGGCACACAGCCAUGGAUCUUGGACUCUGGUCGGAACUACUGUUGCCCCUGGCUUUAUACCGGAGGGCGUUGAACUGGCAGGCCCAAACUGGAUGCCAAACGGGGCAUGA